AUGCGAACUCGAUCGCAGCAAGCAUCGCCUGGCGGCUUUUUGUCCCUCGAUGACAGUGCUCCUCGUCGGACAAGGUCUACUAGAAACACCUCGCAACCAACUGCGCAACCUUCAGCCUCUACCGAAACCACAACUCGACAAAAAAGUCAAGGCACGACCAAAAAGACCGCCAGAGUCGCAAAGACACAGACGAGAAAAGCCCCUCAGCGAGCGACAAGAAAGUCAACUCGCAAGACGGAGAAUCAAACCGCCGACGGUAGUCAAUAUGAAUCCCAUAACAACGAAGAACGCGCCGAGACCGCGCCCCUGGACGACAAAGAAAACCUCACAAACGAGUCCCAGGACCCAGAUUCUGUUACACUGGCAGAUAGUACAGUUCUUUCUGAGCCGAAAAGCUCUUCCCUUACGCAAGCACUUGCAGAGUCUAUCUACGGCGAACCUUACGGCAUGGGAGGUCCGUUGGUGGAGGAGUUCGAACCAACUCGAGAAUUGCGGUUGAGUGGCGGACCAUGUUACUCAAGUGGUGGCGCCCAAGAGGAUGUCGCCGAGAAAUCGGCGGCCCUCUUGGUCAGGGCCCACGAGGAGACGAGCGACGAAGAUCGGACAGCCCCCGUGACUCCUGCAGCAAACAAGCGCCGGAAUCUGGGACCGCCAGGAAGUACCCCCUUUGCCAACCGGCGUACCCCCCUUUCGCGCCGGAUCCAGACCAGGGCGGCCCCCUUCUCCGCAAGGCUUGCUCGUCGAGAAGCCGAAAAGCAUGGCCGGAUUGAAUCGACACUCUUCCGCCUUCCCGACUAUCUUCGUCAGCUAGAGGCCGACCGCCAGAAGGCUGAAAAAGCCCCUUCAAGUCCGAGCCCACAGCUUCCACAAACAACAUUUGACUUUACGAUGGAACCGAGCUUACCAACUAAUCAAAGCUCAGCAGAUGAGUCGUCUGCGCUCCAAGAACCAUCGACGCCAGGGAGAAACACUCCAGAAACUCCCCAGCGUGGAUGGAAUCUACGUGGACUGCUCAGCUCUGUACCUCGUUCCUUCUCGCGAUUACUGCCAUUUGGUCGGCCUUCUGAAAGCUCGCAAGAUCAAUCGACAUUCGAACCAUCGUCAGAACGUAUUACUCGCACAAGGUCUUUUGACCCUGAAUCAGCUGGUCCUCAAACCGAAGGACGAUCUCGCUGGCGUUUGAGUGAAGGGCCCUCGCAGCCUCCGAAGAAGCGUGCCCGUAACUUAUCUUACUCACUUUUCCCGGCUCCCAUUGACAGAUCCCUUUACCUUGGUGACAUACCUAAGCCCUCCACGGUGCGCCCAGAGGCGGCUGCCCCGGAAUCGCACCGCACUGAACAGGCGCAGGUGCAGAAGCCUGAGCGUCAGCAGACUGCAGCAUCAAGUGCCCAAGCUGAAGAACGGGAGACGUCUCAAGCGUCUAGCGAUGCGGAGCAAAGGAAGCGCAAGCGGUCGCCAUCGCCCGAUGUGAUUCCCAACCCAGCCGGAUCUAGUUAUGGGUUAGACUUGGAUUAUUUCUGUUAUAGCUCUGAAAGUGAAGAUGAGGUGGCAGAAACUCCAUCUAAGCAGAGCGAACGCAAGAAAGUCGAUGGCCUAGCAAAGUCUGUGGCCCGCAGUGCCCUCCGUACAGACAGACAGUCAUCCAAAAAGGUGCGUUUUGAUGCAAGCCCAGAGGACACUCCUUCUAAGCUUCGCUCGCGUGCUCGCUCCACUGAUCCCUAUCGCGGAACACACUUCGUUGGGAUGGGUAAUGAUUCACCAACACCAUCUGCUCGCACUGAGCAACCUUCUCCGCGGAAUCCUGGAUUCGUCCCCAACACCCAAGGUACUUUUCAGCUCGACUAUGAUGUGGUCUUAGAUGACUCGGAGACUACUGGUCUGUCCUCGUCAACAAAUGUUACCGCCUCUAGCCCCUCCCAAGCCGUACGGGAAGAAGACGGGCGUGCUUCUGCACAGCAUGAAGGCCAUGAUGCUCAAUCUCCUGCAUCUCGCCAUACCUCUAGGGCUCAUCUAUCAACCCCAGGUAAAGUGGACGAGGAAGCUCUUGCAAGAGUGCGGUCCCAAGCAGAGAAAUACAAGCCGAAGACUCCUAGUGGUCUCCGUACUGCAAGCCGAUAUGCUAGUCCGUUGACCGCCACACCCGAUACUGUUGCCUCCGACCACACAACUAAGAAAUCCGACUUGAUUGCAAAGUCUGGUAAAGUCGACGAACCCGAAAACUUUGGUGAUGAUGAAUUCGCUCGUGAUGCGGAAUGGCUUUAUCAGAAUUGUCCUUCUGGGGACCUCAGUCAACUUAAGUGGCCGGCCAAGCAAAGCUAUGAAGAGAGCCUUGGUGUCAGUUCUACCUCCAUGAAACUCCUUGCUACGAUUUGGGACGACUCCGAGAUUGAACCAGCGUACCUUGCUUUUCGUCAGAGUUUUGAGGAGUUCAAAAAGACUUUGAAAUGA